UCACACGGCACGAUACAAUACGUAUUGGAUUGUAUGUACUUACAAGGGCAUCUCUCAUCUUUUUCCCUCUCUCAAGCCUUCUCGCCGCCGCCUCCUCUAAAAGUCCCUUAGCUUUUUUACUUACCUACCUAACUGAGAGCUUGACCCUUUGCUUUUCCCUUCUUACGAUUCGUCGGUUUUUACAUCGCCGUCGCGAUCCACGCUUUACUUUCCCACCGCCUUUCCCUCCUCUUCCCUCUCUUGUCUCGUAUAAGCUACCUGGGUAUUCCUCAACCGCCUCAUACAUUAUUAUCAUUAUCAUUAUCAUUAUCGUUAUCCCCCCUCCCCCCCUAAGCUUCCUUAUUCCUACUCCCACUUCCACUCCCCCGUCUUACUCUACAUCAUCACUCUUGUUGCUGGAGCUCUUUCUGUAAGGUAGAAUUACGACUGCUUCAUACCGCUUCAUGCAACAGUCGAUUUAGAAAACUUGAAUACUCCUUGCGCCUCCUUAAUUAUUCUCACCGUGUUUGCCCAUCAUGCCGUACAACACGCGACGGAAAUCAUUGUCUUUACCGUCACUCGGAAUCCACAUCCCAGUAAAUCGUUCCUCACCUAACACAGCGAGCUCAAGAUCGUCUUCCGAGAGCUCAUCGCAUCCAAACAAAAAGGUUAAACGGUCUCACAACGACUCUGCGCCUGCUUCUGCCAACUCUGUACCUAUUUUCAAACAAAUACCGGCCUCUGCGAAGUAUGAUCAUACUCCGCCGCCCUCGCCGGGCCUCCAAUCCUCUAUCGAAAUGGACGAAUCAGAGCCUGUUGAACUUGGAGACAUUAAGAGGGUCGAUUUAGAAGGGAUUAAUGACGAGAUCGUCGAAGCCGUUAUUGUGCGAUUGGAGCAAACCCGCAAUCGACCGCAUCUUGUGAAAGAAUUGGCCGCUACGCUCAUAGACCAAGUCAAGAUCGUUCAACAAUCCGCGAAUCCUUGCGCUAUCAUUUCUUCUCGAUUGUCUACAUAUCUGAAGCGAUCGUGUUGGUCGGCUGUGGCCCCGUGCCCGUUGGCCAAAGAGUUGGAGACUGUCCACCCGCGACGCACGUACUUUUACCUAACUACUUGCCCCCAUUUGCCACUUCCCGACCCCUCCACUGCUCAACGCUCUAUUAUUACUCCUUCGCUGUCGAGCUCGGCUUCUACAUCUGAGGAUACCGAUUGCGACCGAAGAAGAGAACUUAGUAUGUCGCCAGAAGUUGAUCUUUCGUCGCCCGAGUUUGAGGAUAUGGAUGAAGAUAUACCGAUGCCUGGUACCCCAAUGGGCUCAGUAUCGGGUACGCACCGACGAUUAAGUGUGCCGCGUAACCAACGGGGAGAAGAGCCCCCACUAGAAAAAGACGAAAAGGAAUUUACACAAACGGCGGACGGAUUACAAAAACGAAAAGCUAGCGGCCAUUUGCUUCGAGUUGAUCCUGUUGACCAAGAAAGGAUUGAUGACGGCAUGCAAAAUGAGCAGCUUUUCGGCGAGCCCCCAAGGACCCUUGCACCGAGUCUGCUGCCUCACAUGGCUUACAUGACCAGCCCCGCGAUGCGACCCAGCUUGAUGUUACCAGUGAAGAGAGAUAUCGAGGCUGAGAGUUGGACUAAGCUGGAUGCAGCCCUUGAGUGGGACAGAAGCCCCGAGACCAUCGAGUUAGAUGAGCUUGAUGGUUUAUUAGACGACUUUUAAUUGUCUUAAUGAACAAAAUACCCAACCCCAUUAUCCCUGUUACUACCCAAUCCAAUCGCCCGGAAGGCUAUCCGUGCAGCCGGCACGUGAUGAGUCUAUGUAUGAUGUUGAUGAUAGAAGAAGAGACGGCUGCUUAGAUGAAACAAAAAGGAGUUUGGGGCGGAAUGGCGCUGAUUUGAUGCAUUCUUUUGGUUUUUUUUUCGUGCGCUAGCUGUUCCUCAUAUUUUUGCAUUUAUUCCUCUCCGUUCAUCAUUAUCUUGCCAUUUAUUUUCUUUUUUAGAUGGUCGUUAGCCUGUCGCUCACAUAGUUGAUUUGCCAGCCGAAGGGGGGUGGGUGUACGAUUAUCAUUUGGGAGGCGCUUAGAUUUGAAUGCGGCAAGGGAUGGCGGGCUGCAUGAUGACGAUGGAGGGCACCUUUUUUCUGAAACGAAAAUUUGCUGCUUCCCCGACGGUUCGGCAAUGGGAAGGGAAGGGAGUGCAUAGGCGCGCUAUUUUGCCGCUUGGUUUCCAAAAUUGGGAAUCGAUCUGUACAAGUAGAAAUACCGACGACCAAAACCAAAAGAGAAGGCUGGCUGGGGCUAGACUUGAAGAAGCCGGCUUACUGGACUGGACUUAGAGGUCUUAGAUACAAUCUUAUUUCUCAUUUGGGUGGGCGACAGAGCCGGCUGGAAAAUUAAAAAGGAUAGGAACGGCGCCCAAAAUACGAAAGAAAUCCCCGAUCAAA